AUGGACCUUGAUAUCACUGCAGAUGACUUCGUUCUUCUGGCACACCCGCCCGGCAAACCACCGAUACCAUACGUCUAUUGGAACUACGGUGUGACCCCGAGAGAAGAGUAUGACAAGGCCAAAAUGAACGGCAAGCUUCGAGAGUUGCCCUUCAACCAUAACCCAAAGUUUGCAGCGGAGAUUGAACCAUCACUUCAAGCGGGAAUCGAGGGACUGGCAAUUGCAUCGGUUUCGUUCUUUGAAUCUUGGCGAGCCUACGAAGCUGCUAUAUGCCUGGUUUAUCCAUUCGGGAUCGAAAGGAAGUACUAG